GUUAAUUAUUUUAAAGAUGAAGCAGAUUCGGUACAAUCUUCAUACGUCCUAGAUACAUUGAUAAAUCAAUCAUUAAAAUCUGUGUAUAAAAGGAGAUUAUACUUCAUUAAAAUCAAUUAUUAUUAAACUAAUAAACCACGAAAAUGAUUGCUUUUGCAGUAACUUUUUGUUUGCUGGUAAUAUCUGCACAGGGACAAAUUCCUGUUGAAAGGUGUCCAGAUGUAGAAGUAGUUACAAAUUUCAAUGGAAGUGCAUAUUUGGGUGACUGGUACGAACAAGCCAGAUACCCAACUUUACUGGAAGAUCACGGAAGAUGUGUUGUUACCAAUAUUGCAGUAGGUGACGAUAGAACUAUAAGGAGUCGUACCCAAUAUAUCAAUUCAGAGACAAAUGAGAGACACGUUCUAGAAGGAGAAACGCAAGGUUCAACAACUGGGGAAGGCAAAUUUAUAGUACAUUUCUUAAAUCCAGACGUAACUGUACCUUUCUGGGUUCUUGGUACAGACUAUGAAAGUUAUUCUGUAGGUUUGUCCUGUUUUGAACGAGAUGGUGCUCCUCUAGCGAGCCUUUUCAUUUCAACAAGAACUCCAUUUCCACCAAAAGAUCUGGUGGAUUCGAUUCUCCAAGUUCUUGACGACAACAAUUUUGCUAUAAAGCCACUAAUCUUCACAGACCAAAAUGAAUGUACUUAUUAGAUUAAAAUAAAAUACGAGUAUAUUAUCUGA